UUUAUUCCUGUACAUUUGGUGUAUUCUUAUGUAUGUAGUUCAUAAACGUAGCAGGCCAGCCAUUGUUGCUAGCCAGUUCGCUUGCAAAGACACUCUAAAAUGGCUGCCUCUCGUUUUUCCAACAUCACCUCAUUAAACAGUAUUUAUUUAGUUGGUAUGAAAUGUAUCACUUGCAGGCAACUGUUCUUCGGUAAUCCUCCUUAUGAAAUCGAACUUCGAACGUUCAGAAAAUGGAGGCCCGAAUCUCGAAAGAGGUGAAAAAGCUCUAAAGGCCUAUAUUCAUGACUCUGACUUGUUUCUCGGCAGGGCGGUAUAUAACGUAAUUAAAGUUAUUCCAUAAUAUGGGUAUUUCUUAUAGUUUGUACUGGUAACGUCAGUCGUUUCGGAUUACAAUUUAAUGCUUAUGAAUAGACUAUACAUUUUUAUGUCGGCAAGUCUGUUUCGAUCAUUAUGGAAAUUGUGAAGGAAAUGCACAACACUUGCAAGCCCAGACCACUGAUGUUGUCUAGAGUCAAGUGUUGGUGUGUGUUUGAAAGUGAUUUGAAGUGGACUGCACACGUAACUAAAUGAUGUAAAAUGCUACAUGUUAAUCAACACACACUGGCCUAUUAAUUUAUGAAACCGUGUCAUUUGGCGUCUCUGUUGCCAGGAACUGCUUCCCUCAUCGCAUUCUGCUUGUAAACAUUGGCCUAGUGAUUUGUGUGACUGACUGCAGAUUGCUUUUCUCUGGGAUUUGAAUUGUGGAGGUAAAAAUCCUGCUGUCAAACCCAGUUGACAGUUGGUCUUGGUUUGACAUGCUAGCUGAGAUCUGAUUGGCUCCUCACCCUGUGCUCUUGGCCAUUUAUAAUUGCAUAUGCUGUAAAGCAACAACAGUUCCUGAUAAGUGCACACCCCCACAUUACACAAAUCCAUGAUUGCUCAUACACAUUUUUGGCAAUUUCUCUAAAUUACUAUUUUGCAAUCAUCUGUUUCCCACACCUAUGACAUGCCUGUUUGCACUCUUCCAUAUGCAUUCUAUAAUAAGGAGAGAUGGUCAGAGAUUGGCCCAUUGACCAAGUUAUUCACGUUUAACCUUUGUCAAUCCAGUUUGAUAUUGUGUGCCACUGUUUUUUUUUUUUUAAUUUACAUUGUAUAGCCUAACCCAUACCUGUUGAAUUACUAUAUUCAUUAACAACCGCAACCAACAUUGCAAAUAGAAGAGUUUGCGGAACUCUGUAGCCUACAUGUAUAAGUACGGAACCGUAUUUGCACCAUCCUAUAAAGAAAGGCAGAUGAAAAUGGCCAUAGUAUCUUUACCCUCAUUGUUAAGCACGCACUAUCUCCUCUUAUUUUGGAUCAAAGUAAAAUGACGAGGUAAAUCACCCAAGUUAAUAAUUUAUUAUACUGUCAUUUUAAAUCGUUUUUGUAUCUGCACCAUGCAGAAGCUACAAAUCUGAAACGAAGCAAAACAAUUUAGUGGUUGAGAUGAGCAAUCCAUCACAAACAAUCCAUAUCACAAAAAUGUAAACAUUUAUCACAAUAACAAUUUGAAGGACCAUAAGACCUUGUGGGUGUGAUAUGAAUUUGAAAUAAAGACAUUGCUAAAUUAACAUGAUUUGACAAGUUCAGGUUGCACAGACUCUAUUUUGACAGGGUUUUUCACAUUUGGAAGCAACUCAAUUUGACCCAUGCAGGCCAGGGUUUCCCAAACUCGGUCCUGGGGCACCCCUGUGUGCACGUUUUAGCCCUUGCACUACACAGCUGAUUUCAAAUAAUCAGCUUGAUGGUGAGUUGGUUAUUUGAAUCAGCUGUGUAGAGCUUGGGCAAAAACCAAAACGUCCAUCCAGGGGGGGCCCUAGGACCAAGUUUGGGAAACCCUUAUGUAGGCUACAACAAGAACUUGCUGCAGUACCUGAGAACACAAUCUGGAGCAUCAUAUUUGGGCGUGAUCACUGUAAAUAUAAUGGAAAGCUGAAAUCUGCUCUGAUGACCUAUCUACCCAAGAAUAUCGCCCAGACCUAACCAACUGUCAUGAAAUGUAUGUACAUGCUUCGAGACUACAGUGUGGCCUAUCUGAUGUAUGCCCAGCUGUCUUUGCUUACAUGCCAUAGCUCACUAGCAUAUUAAAGCAGUAAUACUCAUGCACCUUUACCUUUCCCUAACAAACUUCUACCUGACAAUGUUUUGGUCAUCAAUAGGAUCUUUGUUACGUUGGUGAUGGUAAUGCGUACCAAUGUUAACGUGUUAGGGAGUCAUCAUCCACUAUGUCCCAUUUGAUGGGUUCACCUAUCAAUGACAUACAGAUGUAUUUCUGAGGCAAGGUUAGGUCUACAUCCUGUGGCAUUGCUGUAUGUUGACCCUGCAUAGCGAGGUGAACAUGAGCCGUGUGUGUGUGUGUGUGAGACAUGAGUAGCUGCUGUAUCUCAUGUGCCACUCUGUUUCUCUGUGUGUGACUAAGAAUUCCUUCUAACCCCCCUUGGCCAAUCACAGAGACAGUCCAGUCGCCUCUCCCCCACCUAGGGAGUCUCCACUCUGUCUUAUGCAGAUUAGCCAUGUGCUGCUUUUAUUUAUUUCAAUUAAUUAUCUUGAAGCUGGGAAAUGUCAAGAAAGGCUUUUUGCCCUUCAUUUCCAAAGGCCUUUGUUUAGCAGUGACAUACCAGAGCUGUCUCAAGUCUCAGAGCAGUGUGCAUUGACAAGGGUACAGAUAAAGAAACAAAGCCCAUAAGAAUCCACUGUGGUAAAUUUAAUGCUCAUGUUUUCAUUAGCUUGUCCAUUUGUUGUUAUUAACGUUAUCGACAUGGAAUAUUUUGACGACCCUUGUUUAGGUUGUUUUGAGUUGAGCAAGAUAAACUGAUAGGCCUAAGGGUUAGCGAUUUACAUAGAGUGAAAUUAUAAUAUUGAGAUGGUGGCCGAGAGAUUUAAGAAAACUUUCUCCAUUGAGAGGAUACCUUACUCAUAGUUAGUUGUGUUUACAUCCUAACACAGUAUAUUGAGUAGGCUACUUCUCCUUCCAUUUAUGAUAUCAUUCAUUCAGAGCCAGAAUUGCCCCCCCCCCCCCAAGAAGGGAAACUGGCUUGCAAGCCAUACAGGACCACAGCUGGGAUGUGUUUAAGAUUGGGCAGACAGCCCUCCAUUUGAGAUGAGAGAGAUAUAUUUAUUUAUUUAUAGCUCUGACUUCUGUAAAUAUGGCACAAAAAAGGUAAAAGUCAGGUUAAUGACCGUGGGAAAUGUGAAGGGGAAAAAACCUCCUUGUUCCCUUUGCUCUACUAAUGCUCUCACGUGUUCUAUGGACUUCCCCUUUGUCAUGUUUUUAGUUUUUGUGCCUAUCUGGAUGAGAAAAUGCAUACCUAUAGCUCCUGCUGUGUUGGGAAGCUUGAAAUGUCCCCCAGGUGCAAUGGAUCCGAUAGCUAAGUUGAGAGGCCAGCCGUACGGAGGGGGCAGUCCAUACUCCCAACAACCUGGACAGGGGCCACCCCCAGGAGCCCAGCAGGGUCACGCAUACCCGGGCCAAGGCUACGGUCCCCUUGGCUCCCAGAGAUACCCGGUGGUCAUGCAGGGCCGCACCCCUGGGACUAUGGGGGGCAUGCAGUACGGGCAGCAGAUGCCGUCUUAUGGGCAGCAGGGACCAGGAGGCUAUGGGCCUCAGGGCCAAGGGCCCUACUACGGCCAACAGGGCCAGGCUUUACACCCAGGCCAGCAGCAAGGGCCCUACCCCCAGGCACCUCUGGGACAGCAGGGUGGUCAGACACCCUACCCUCAGCAGUCCCACCCUCCCCAGACGUCAGCCUCACAUGCCCAGGGUGGGCCGCCCUAUCCGCAGCCCCACAUGCCCCCCCAGUCCCAGGGCCCGCAGCCAGGUCCAUCCCAAGGGCCCCCGCAGUCUCAGCCGCCCUACUCCCAGGGCCCAGCCCAGGCUCAGUCUGGUCAGCCUCCUUACCCCCAGCAGCAGGGGCCUCCCAGCCAGCCUCCACAGCAGGCCAGCUCCCAGGUCCCAGCAGGGUCACAGCCCCAGCUUAGCUAUCCACCCACGCAGGGCCCACAGCAGCUCCCCACACAGCAGCAGCAGCAGCAACCCCAGACACCCUCUCAACCCCCUCAGCAACCACCAGGUCACAGCCAGCAUCCACAGGGCCAGCCUGCAUCCUACUCCCAGAAUCCUCCACAGCAACAGCAGUCACCUUACCAACGCUUCCCUCCUCCACCACAGCAGGAGAUAUCCCAGGACUCGUUCAGUUCCCAGUCUAGCGCCCCUCCCUCCAACCAGCCCAAAAGUGUCUCAGAGGACGUCAGCAUGCAAGGCCAGCCGUCCAGCCUACCGGUGAGUCCUCACCCAACCUGUGCAAAGGAUCUCUCAGGCUCCAUCGAUGACCUGCCCACGGGCACGGAUGGCGCUCUGAGUCCUGGCGUGAGCACUUCAGGUGUGUCAAACAGCCAGGGUGAGCAGAGCAACCUGGCCCAGUCGCCCUUCUCGCCCCACACCUCUCCCCACCUGCCAGGCAUCCGAGGGCCCUCACCGUCACCCGCCGGCUCCCCUGCCAGUGCCACCACCUCCCGCACGGGGCCCCUCUCACCCGCCACAAUGCCAGGGACCCAGAUGCCCCCUAGACCAUCGAGUGUGCAGUCUGACGGGAGUCUGCACCCCGCCAUGAGCCAGUCUCCCAUGGCCCAGGAGAGAGGGUUCGUACAGAGAAACCCCCAGAUGCCCCCAUACGGUUCACCACAGUCUGCCUCUCCCCUGUCACCCCGACAGUCCUCUGGAGGCCAGAUGCACCCUGGGAUGGGACCUUAUCAGCAGCAGAACAACUGCAUGGGGGGCUAUGGACCUCAGGGUGGGCAGUAUGGCCCACAAGGUUACCCCCGGCAACCUGGAUACAACAACAUGCCCAAUGCCAACUACCCUGGCCCUGGCAUGGGCAACCCCAUGAACCCUGGCCCUGGCAUGGGCAACCCCAUAAACUCCAUGUCUGGGCAAGGGGGGCUGCCGUACGCAGGCAUCCCCCCUGGUAGAAUGCCUGCGGGCCAGAUGGGAGUGCGUCCCUAUGGCCCUAACAUGGGGCCCAACAUGCCACCCAAUAUGAGUAACAUGCCACCUCAGGUGGGCUCAGGGAUGUGCCCUCCCCCCGGCCUCAACCGGAAGGCCCAGGAGGCUGCAGCUGUAGUCAUGCAACACGCUGCUACCAACUCCAUACACAACAGGAUGCCUGGCUACCCCAACAUGUCCCCUGGCAUGAUGGGCUCUGGCACCCCCUAUGGCCCUCCCAUGAACAACAUGCCUGGCAUGAUGAACACGCAGGGCGGCCCACCUUUCCCUAUGGGGCCCAACAUGGCCAAUAACUCCAGUGGUUUGGUCCCCAGUCCAGAGUUUGGUAUGGAUGGGAAAAUGAACCAGGGCCAGAAGAUGAACAACAAAGUGGACGGAACACCGAAAGCAGAACCGACUAAAUCCAAGAAGUCAAGCUCUUCCACGACGACCAACGAGAAGAUCACGCGUCUGUAUGAGCUGGGCCCCGAGCUGGAGAGGAAGAUGUGGGUGGACCGCUACCUGGGCUUUAUCGAGGAGAAAGCCAUGGGCAUGACCAAUCUGCCUGCUGUUGGCCGCAAGCCCCUAGACCUCUUCAGACUCUACGUCUCGGUCAAGGAGAUUGGAGGCUUCGCACAGGUCAGUGUGAACAAGAACAAGAAGUGGCGGGAGCUGUCCACCAACCUGAACGUUGGCACGUCGAGCAGCGCUGCCAGCUCCCUGAAGAAGCAGUACAUCCAGUGUCUGUACGCCUUCGAGUGCAAGAUCGAACGCGGGGAGGACCCCCCUCCUGAGAUCAUCACUGACAACAAGAAGGCCAACCAGGCCAAGGUCCAGCCACCCUCCCCAGUAGCUGGGUCAGGUUCUCUCCAGGGCCCUCAGACCCCCCAGUCCACCAGCAGCUCCAUGGCCGAGGGCAGCGACCUCAAGCCCCCCACACCCGCCUCCACCCCACACCCCACCCAGAUGCCACCCGGGGCCAGGAGCAAUGUGGCGCUGCAGGACCCAUUUGCUGACAGUAGUGACCCUGCUUUCCCCAGAAGGAACUCCAUGACCCCUAACUCUGGCUACCAGUCUGGCAUGAGCACCCCAGAGAUGCCAGGUCGCAUGGGUCCAGGGCCCUACGAGGGUCCAGGGCCUAACAAAGACCCCUUUGGUGCCAUGCGGAAAGUUGGGGAGCAGUUCUUGCCUGCCAGUCCUAACAGUGGGAUGGCUGAACAGCAACAGUUUAACCGUGGGCCUCCUCCAGGUGCUAUGGGGAACAUGUCGAUGGCUCAGAGACAACAGUACGGACCAGGACCUUACGGACAAGGCUACGAAAGGAGGCCAGAGCAGGGGAUGGGCCCAGAGGGCAGCAUGGGAUCUGGUGCUCCGCAGCCAAACCUGAUGCCUGUCAACUCCGACACGGGGAUGUACUCGCCAAACCGCUACCCACCACAGCAGCAGCCACGGAAUGAUUCCUAUGGUAAUCAAUAUCCUGGCCAUGGUACUCCCCCUGGUGGUUCCUAUCCCAAUCAACAGCCAGGAAUGUACCCACAGCAACAACAGGUGAUGGCUCUAACCCACUGUAACUACAAGCGUCCCGUGGAAGGGGGCUACCCACCAGCGAAGCGUCACGAGGGGGAGAUGUACAGUGCCCCCUUCAGUGCAGGGCUGCUGCAGCAGCAGCAACAACAACCGCAGCAGCAGCCAGGGGUGGCCUCUGCACCCCCUGCUGGCCAGCCAGAGAUGUACCAACCCCAGUACAGCAGCGGCUCCUUCACCGGCACUGACCGCCGCCUGCCUGGUCCCCAGGGCCAGUUCCCCUUCCCCUUCAACAGAGAGCGCAUGCAGGCCGCCACGGGGCCCAACACCCAGCCCUCCAUGCCCCCUCAGAUUAUGCAGCCAAGCACUGACGGACCCCCGGGUGGCGUGUGGCAGGGCCGCGGGGAGAUUAACUAUCCCGGCAACUACCCCAACCGGCAGGGUGGCCCCCCAGGGGGCCCAGCCCAGGGGCCUGGCCACCCCGGCAUGAACCGCGGUUCGGAGGAAAUGUCAUCAGAGCAGCGCAUGAACCACGAGGGCCAAUGGGGGCCAGGUCAGAUGGGCCCUCGGCAGCCCCCCUACGGCCCUGGAGGGACGGGCCCGCCCAUGACCCGCACCCUACAGUCCAACUACCAAUCCGCUCAGGCCAUGCAGAACCACAUUCCACAGGUGUCCAGUCCCUCCCCCAUGCCCCGCGGGGGCCCCAUGGAGAGCCGGACGUCGCCCAGUAAAUCUCCCUACAUGCACAGUGGCAUCAAGAUGCAAAAGGCAGGGCCCCCGGUUCCUGCCUCUCACAUAGUGCCCCAGUCUGUGCAGUCCCCUCUGAUCCGUAGAGACAUGCCCUUUCCCCCAGGCUCAGUGGAGGCCACCCACCCCAUCCUAAAACCACGCCGAUGCCUCACAACGAAAGAUAUCGGGACCCCAGAGGCUUGGAGGGUGAUGAUGUCCCUAAAGUCUGGCCUGUUGGCUGAGAGCACGUGGGCCCUCGACACCAUCAACAUCCUCCUGUAUGACGACAACAGCAUCUCCACCUUCAACCUCAAUUCGCUGCCUGGCCUGCUGGAGCUGGUGGUGGAGUACUUCCGGCGCUGCCUCAUCGAGAUCUUUGGGAUCUUGCGCGAGUACGAGGUGGGCGAUCCCGGCCAGAGGACUCUACUGGACCCUGACGCUCUGAAAAGAGACUGGAGCUGCAUGGAAGAUGAGGAACCAGGGGUGGAGGACAUGAAGGUAGAAGGAGAGGAUGAGGAGGAUGAUGAUGAGGAGGAAGAAGAGGUGGUGGUGCAGCGUUCAAAACAGCCGGCCGGGACGACAAUUGAUGGACAGGCUCAGGUGAAGCAAGAGGAUGAGCAAGAGUCGUGCUCAGAAUGGGACACUCUGAAAGAGAAGGAUGCUGAAGAUAAGGAGAAGAGCUGCUCUACCUUUGAGCAGCCCAGCUCUUCAUCGGACCCCCCUGGCCUUGGCCCGGCUACCCCCCAGGAGAGACCCAAACAGGCUAGCAAGUUCGACAAGCUCCCCCUGAAGAUGGUACGGAAGAAGGACCCGUUUCCAGCAGGCAGGGCAACCCAGAGAGGAAAAGUGCAGGAGUUUGACAGUGGGCUGCUCCACUGGAGUGCCGGCGGCGGAGACAGCACGGAACACAUCCAGACCCACUUUGAGAGGAGGGAGGAAUUCCUGGUCCCACGAGAACGAGUGCUGGUCGUCCCCACAGCCAAGAGGAAAAGGCCAGAACCAGAGAAGGUCGGGGACAAGGACAAUGCUACCCCCACAGAGAAAUACAAACAGAAGGGGGAGAGGGAUCAGAGGCCCUCCCAGCCAUCAUCCACAGAGAAGGCCUCAACAACAACCGACGGUAAGGAGGGGAAGUCCGAGCACUCGGACGCUGAGACAGAGGAAAUGUCACAGUCCGAAGAGCCCCAGAGCCAGCAGGAGCACGACAAAUCGAGCGGACCCACUCGUCAGCAAGUCCCCCAGCGUGUGGUGGAGGACGAGCCUCACAGCAAGGACGAGGGCCCACUGGUUACACUGGCCAACUGGCAGGAUGCUCUGGCCCGCCGCUGUGUCUGCGUCUCCAACAUCGUGCGCAGCCUCUCCUUCGUGCCUGGCAACGACCAGGAGAUGUCCAAACACCCUGGCCUCAUGCUGCUGCUGGGUCGCCUAGUGCUGCUGCACCACCGCCACCCUGAGAGGAAACAGGCCCCGCUCACCUACGAGAAGGAGGAAGAGUCUGAUGACUGUCUUGGCCAGAGGGACGAAUGGUGGUGGGACUGCCUGUCACUGUUGAGGGAGAACUGCCUGGUCACUCUGGCCAACAUCUCUGGCCAGCUGGACCUCUCCAUCUACCCCGAGAGCAUCUGCCUUCCUCUGCUGGACGGCCUCCUCCACUGGGCUGUGUGCCCCUCGGCUGAGGCCCAGGACCCCUUCCCCACGUUGGGGCCACACAGCGCAAUGUCCCCCCAGAGACUGGUCUUGGAGACCCUCAGCAAGCUGAGCAUCCAAGACAACAAUGUGGACCUGGUCCUGGCCACGCCGCCGUUGGGUCGUUUAGAGAAGCUGUAUGGGACCUUGGUGCGGCUGGUUGGGGAGAGAAAGGUGGCCGUCUGCAGGGAGAUGUCGGUGGUGUUGUUGGCCAACCUGGCCCAGGGAGACAGCAUGGCAGCGCGCGCCAUUGCCGUGCAGAAGGGAAGCGUGGGAAACCUCCUGGGCUUCUUGGAAGACAGCCUGGCGGCCACCCAGCUACAACAGAGCCAGAGCUCUCUACUGCACCUGCAGGGGAUGCACUUUGAGCCCACCAGUAAUGACAUGAUGCGGCGGGCGGCCCGGGCCCUGCACGCCUUGGCCAAGGUGGAGGAGAACCACUCAGAGUUCACACUCUACGAGUCACGCCUCCUCGACCUCUCCGUGUCACCUCUCAUGAACUCUGUGGUGUCUCACGUCAUCUGCGAUGUACUCUUUCUGAUUGGCCAGUCAUGACAGCUGUAGGGAGCUUUGGCUCCACCUCCUCUUGGUUUCUUCCCUCCUCACCCCCUGGUUACAACAUGGCUUGUAUGUGUGUAGGGGGAAGGGAAAGUUCAAGUGACUGUUUUUAAUUUAUGCAAACCCUUCAGAUUCCACUGUCUGAGCCCCCUUUCGCUGUUCUCACUCAAGGAGAAGGGAUGUCACAAAGCUACACUGGUGGAUUUACAAACCAGACACUCCACAAACUGUCACAACUUGUAACAUUAAUGCCAACUAGAUGACAGAGUGGAGAACCUGGGUUUAGGAGUGUUCCACAUGUUUGUUUUUUUUUUUUUUUUUGGGGGGGGGGGGAGGGGUGUGUGUAUUUUUAAUAAAGAUAAAUAGCUGAAAAACAAACUGUAACCAAAGUUGCUGUCUCGUUUACAGGAAAUUUGGGGAUAAUGUGUGCCCUUGUGUGCCCCUCGAGAGCACAGUGAGUGAGUCAGACUGGUUCAUGUUUGGAGGUAGUGCAGACUGAGGAACAGCCUGAUCUGAUGGCAUAGUUGCUGUAAUUGGAUGCUUACCAGUCAGCCUACCACUCAGUAGGCUGUUGAGACACCUUCGCUGGGGAGGCCUGUGCAGUAGAUUGUAGGGCAUUUUCUCUACCGUACUGCUCGAGUGUCAGGCAUUCUGUAAAAAAGUUUCAUACAGAAAAACGUUGCCAAUGCAGCUCUACUAGAGUUAAAAGGUCAUUUUAGUUUUGACGUUAAAAGCUAAAAAGGCCUUCCCCAAAGUACCGAGAACCUACUACAACACCCUUACCUCCUCUCUUUAGUCCUUGAUUGUAUGAAUUUACCCUUGUAAAAUAAAUCACCUCUUAGGAUUGGUUUUCAACUUCAGAUGCAGCUUUGCUGUGGUGUAUAUAUAUGAUAUUGUACAUUACACUUCCUUUCUGUGUCUGUCUCUGUGUCACUAUUCCCACUCAUUUUGUUGAUGAGGAAUGGAAGGUGACCCAUGAGUUUGGUUCCUGUCAUCCAGUCCCUGCUGAUAGACCUUCUCACUCCACGGCUCCAUAGUACGGCAGACUCAGAUCAAAUCUGUUAUCUCCUCCUGGUACAACAAAAAAAACUCUAGAUGAAGAAACACACUUGACAAUUCAUUUCUCCAGGAUUCUGCAUAUUUGUAUUUCAAACUAUGUAGCUAAAAACAUGUAAAUUCCUCCUUUUCCUUUUUUUGGCUCAAUGAAUAUCAUUCAGUAUGAAAUCUUUAUACUAUAUGUUCCACGUGGUAAGAAUAAAUGUACAUUAAAUCUUCAUAAAAUGU